CGUGUGCGUCGCCCAGCUUCACUGAAAGAUUAUCAGUCCCUUGAAGAAGGCCAUGAUUUACUAAGCUCUAACUUCACAAUGAAAAAGAGACCAGAAGCCAAUUUAAAAAGCUUUCCACACAUGAUAACUGCAAACAACAUUGAAGGAAAGAAGGUCACUAUAUCAGAGGAGACAGUUUGCGCUUCAAGCGAGUCGUUCGCAGAGUGGCCCGGAAAUGAACGACUGUACACGGAGCUUGAUUCCAAAGGCAGCAUGGUCAGCAGAGCUUUGACCCCUUACGAGUGCCAGCUUGAGGACUACGUGGAGCAGCUGCAGGAGGACCUCUUCACGAUCUCGUCCCACUAUGCAAAGAUUCAGUUUCGUCUGCGACAGAUAUCCUCGGCCUCGGCAUGCAAAAGGGAUGACUUGCUGAAAGAUCUGGAACUCCUAACGACCCAGGGACUGGAUGAUUCUGUUCAAGGACUGGAAAACCUACUCUCCCACUCGACCAAUAAUCGUGCCAAACAGAACAAGAUACUCUACCAAAUGCGAGGUCUUCUCGAAAAUUUGGCCGGAACAACUGAAGUAUGCUUUCAGGCGGGCUCCCAGUGUCACAUCAAACAGGCAGGGAAGACAGUUAUGAAAAAGAAGUGAACAAGCCUCUCUGUCAGUGUAUAACAGCUUCCUGGAAUGUAACACAAAACAAGAAGUUGUUGCGUGAAAAGCUUAAAACCUAUAAGAACAUAGGGAGUUAGGGAAAACACUAUAAGCAUGGACACGUUGCUGACGAUGGUAGGACAUCCUUCCGAACACCAGGUAAAGAGUUUGAAAAGAGGCUAAGAGUGGUAAGCUCAUGGAUUUGGUGAAAGGACAACGAAACAGCCAAAAACCCAUCCAAGAUAUUCUUAUUUGGACAUUAUGUUCUUACUUAAAAUAACAAUUCGGAUAAAGUUAAAAAAUCUUUAUCCUCCCCAAAUAUUUCCCUGAACAUAACUGAUUUUGCUGUGUAGUGCUAUAUGAUUUUUCAGAUAAACGGAAACAUCAAAAAAGAUAUAUGCUACCCUAAAAAAAGAAAGUUGUAUUAGUUUCAGUUAUCGAAGACAACUGUAUUUAUAUUUUUACAAAAUAAAAGAGCUAAAU